AUGCCAGUCUCUGUAAUAACCACGGUUUUAGCAUGUCUGUGGCUCUCUUAUAGGCUCUAUAAGUUUCUCACUAUUCCUGUGUCCAGCAUCGUCUCCACUUUGAAGAUCAAAACUCCACCGGCAACAAAAGUGUCUAUCGACAAAAUAGCCACGGAUUCAGUGACCAUUCAUUGGGAGAACGAACCUGUAAAAGCGGAGGACAAUGGCAGUGCGGAUAGAAACUUCAUUUCCCACUAUUUGUUGUAUCUGAAUAACACACAAUUGGCUAUCUUCCCAAACAACCCAAACUCCCUUUACACAUGCUGCUCCAUCACGGGUCUCGAGGCGGAGACGCAGUACCAGUUAGAUUUUAUAACGAUUAACAACAAGGGCUUUAUCAAUAAGCUACCCUCCAUUUACUGUAUGACGAAGGCGAGAGAGGCGAAUGAAGCGUUAAAGACUAGAAAAUGGAGAAGAAACACCAUCACAUCGUCCACAGCUAUGCAGCCCAGAAACUCCAAGUCCGAACCCGCCCCGUUGCCCUCUCACUACUCCUCUGUUUCCCUGUCUACUUUCUCAUCCAAUAUUACUAAUAGCGCCACCAGCAAUAAUGGUUCAAAUCUACCCGCUUACACAUCUUUGACUACGUUGAAGGAUUUGGAUUCGUUUUCCAUCGAUGAUCUGAAAAAGAUACUGAUUUGCGCCCAGGAGGACUUACACGAUGUGUUGUCCCAACAAACUUCGCUUUUGCAAGAUUUUCAAGAAUCGAAGUUAGAAUUAGAACUAGAACUGGAUAACUUGAAAACACAUUGGUCGCACGAAAUUGACUUGCGGAAAUCCUUGAAAUCCAAUAUCAAGUCAUUGGAGAAUUCUAAACUAUUGACCGAUUUGAAAAUCGAAAAAUUGAACAAGAAAAUCGACAAAUCCAAGGAAAAAAUAUCGAAAAUGCGCAAUGAUAUGCAGAAAUGGUCUCAGGAAGAUACCGAGCUGUUGUCUAAGGAUACCAUAAAGGAGAAAUAUUUCAAAUUGCUAAAUGAAUCCAAUGCCUCUGUGGCCAAUAUCAACAAAGAAAUUGAGUCUUUACAAAAUGAAAUUUCCAAGAUGGAGGAGUCUAACAAGAGAUUGAACGCCUCCAAAAAAUCAUUGAUUACUUCCAUAGUGGUGAAUGCCAAUGUGGAAAACGAUAAACCUAUUGCUAGCGGAGAAUUGUCGGCUGUUUUGAAGAAGCUCAAUGAUUUUACUUUAGAAAAAAAUGGAUUUUUAAGUAAUGCUGGUGAAGAGUUUCUAUCCAAAUUGAAUGCAGACUCAUCAUUGAUUAAAAUGAUUAAGCAAGAGCUAAGCAUUGAUCAAGAAUUGGAGGCCAACUGGAAAUUGCAGAGGUCAAAUUUGUUGAAGAAAAUUAGUGCUUUAGAAAACCAAUUUAAUGAAAUGAGCCUUAAUAAUCGGAAUUUGAAAACAAAAUUAAUGGUUCAACCAUAUAAGAAUAACGGUGAUUCGCUUGCUGCCACCAAUUCGAAUAAUUCCGCGGAAAAAAACAGAAGUUCUGGAUCGAUUCAAUUACCAUUAUCCAACAACAUGUCAAGAACGGGGUCCAUUGAUUUAAUAUCGAAUAAUAACAAAAGUAUUAACAACAGUAAUGCUGAUUCUGCUCCUCCGUUGAGGUUGCACAAUCCAGUUUCGUACUCUCCUUCGAAUGAACCCAUACAACCUUCAAGCAGUCUAUUGAGUCAAUUGACACAGGACACCGAUAAUCGAUCAAUGCUCUCCAAUCACAUCUCAUCGAACAACGAAAACAAGCAACAGCCUUCUUCAUAUUCACAUGCUUUACCUACAACUGCUACUGCUAAUGCAACAGCAACAGCAACAGCAACUAAUGGUCACUCAAGGUCAAAUUUAUGGACCACCGCACAAUUCGCUCAACCUUCGCAUCAACAAGUAUCUACAGAAUUGGAUCAAGCUUUUGAAUACGAUAAUGCAAACCACUUAAUCAGUGGUUUGCAAAAUAUGAUCUACGACGAAACAGACUAUCCUGAUAACAUAAGCAAUUAUUCCAAGGGUUUUACUACAGACGAACUUGACAAUUACUGGACUAAGCAGCAACCCCAGGUGCGCAGCACAAAUGAAAGUCUUUUCUCUACGACUGGAACACCUAUGUCAUCAUAUAAGGCUAACCCAGUAAUAUCUCCAUAUUCUAGUUCUCAUUUGCGACAAACCUCCAACGCAACCAAUACGAAUCCUAUGCAUCCACAGAGUCUACUCGCCGCUACAUUGAAUGAUCCUUCAUUACAAAGUUUUGUACGCAGUGGUUCUUUCUACAGUGCUCCGCAACCUGCAAACUCCUUACAGAACAAUAUCAAUGGCAAUGAAACCGAGAACAUUAGUCCAAGGAUAUCAAGUGACUUCAAUUUAUUGGUGCCAAACUUGAGCCCACGACUCUCAAACGAUGUGCCCAUUGUUCCAGGCAAUAACACUACUUUAACACCUUCACACUCGAACAUAUUAACAAUGAACCAUCAACCAACGGCGGAUAACAUUACACGAAGAUCUUUCCAUGCCUCUUCACCACCUUUCAACUCCAUAUGGAAUUCAAAUACAAAUCAACUUUCUCCUCCAUUGGAGGAGCAGUAUCACCUCGAUGUGCCUGUGGGUCCAAAGGUUCCCGCUAAAGAACCAAGCCCUAAGCCUUCUCACAAGAGGAACCAAAGUAACAGCAGCAUUUCUUCUGCAUGGUCCAAGUUUAAGCACAAGUCUGCAUCAUCACCUGCUAAUGCGGACACGGAUAUUCAAGAUUCAUCAACUCCAUCAACUAGUCCAAGCGGUAGAAGAAUGUCAAAACUGUUGUCCAAGAGCGGUAUGAAUAAUCUAUUUAACCCGCACAGUCACGACUCAUGA